GGGUUGUGGUGGCUAUAGGGCAUAGUAGUGGUUGACUUAGCGAGUGAAUGGCGGAAGAGAAGGGCACAGUGUGCGUGACAGGGGCGGGAGGGUACGUAGCUUCUUGGUUGGUGAAGCUUCUUCUCUCUAAUGGUUACUCCAUCCAUGGAACCGUCAGAGAUCCUUGUAAGUCCACCAAUCCCUAUGCCUAUCCCUAUCCCUCUUCCUCUCCUCAACUUUCCAUCGCCUCUCUAACCACUGUUAUAUCUCUUACAUACCAAUCUCAUCAUCUAUUCAACUCGUAUGAUUAUUAUGAUGAGAAAAAUUCUCAUUUGAAAAAACUUGAAAAAGCAUCCGACAAGCUUAAACUCUUCAAGGUGGACUUGCUGGAUUAAAACUCUCUUUCUGCAGCCAUCAUGGGGUGUGUCGGAGUGUUCCAUGUCGCCAGUUCAGUUCCCCCCGGCAGCUUGCCAAAUCCGGAGGCAAGAAUACCUUGUGAUUGAACUUGUUUAUUGAAAUCAUUUGCAUUCUUCUUGGCAAUUUUAUAUCUAUAUUGACUUCUGAACCUAUGUGGAGUGUUGCAUA